GCGGCGAGGCCAAUAUGGCUUCCCGCACCUGGUGACGGUUGAAGAAACUGUGUUAGGUCUCAUGGAGAAGCCCCGGGGUGUCGAGGAGACUUCAGAACCAAUGGAGGAGGAAGAGGAAGACGAUGAUUUGGAGCUCUUUGGUGGCUACGACAGUUUCCGGAGUUAUAACAGCAGUGCGGGCAGUGAGAGCAGCUCCUAUCUUGAGGAGUCAAGUGAAGCAGAAAAUGAGGAUCGGGAAGCAGGGGAGCUGCCCACCUCCCCCUUGCAUUUGCUUAGCCCUGGGACUCCCCGCUCCUUGGAUGGCAGUGGUUCUGAGCCAGCUGUCUGUGAGAUGUGUGGUAUCGUGGGUACGAGGGAAGCCUUCUUCUCCAAGACCAAGAGAUUCUGCAGCGUCUCCUGUUCUAGGAGCUACUCCUCCAACUCCAAGAAAGCCAGUAUCUUGGCUAGAUUACAGGGAAAACCACCUACCAAGAAGGCCAAAGUCCUGCACAAAGCUGCCUGGUCUGCCAAAAUUGGAGCCUUCCUCCAUUCCCAAGGGACAGGACAACUCGCAGAUGGGACACCAACAGGGCAGGACGCGCUGGUCUUGGGUUUCGACUGGGGCAAGUUCCUGAAGGAUCACAGUUACAAGGCUGCUCCUGUCAGCUGCUUUAAACACGUCCCGCUCUAUGACCAGUGGGAGGAUGUGAUGAAGGGGAUGAAGGUGGAGGUGCUCAACAGCGAUGCUGUGCUCCCCAGCCGCGUGUACUGGAUCGCCUCGGUCAUCCAGGCGGCAGGGUACCGGGUGCUGCUCCGGUAUGAAGGCUUCGAAAAUGACGCCAGCCAUGACUUCUGGUGCAACCUGGGGACUGUGGAUGUCCACCCCAUCGGCUGGUGUGCCAUCAACAGCAAGAUCCUGGUGCCCCCGCGGACCAUCCAUGCCAAGUUCACCGAUUGGAAGGGCUACCUCAUGAAACGGUUGGUGGGCUCCAGGACGCUUCCCGUGGAUUUCCAUAUCAAGAUGGUGGAAAGCAUGAAGUACCCCUUUCGGCAGGGCAUGCGGCUGGAGGUGGUGGACAAGUCCCAGGUGUCACGGACCCGCAUGGCCGUGGUGGACACGGUAAUCGGGGGUCGCCUACGGCUCCUCUAUGAGGAUGGCGACAGCGAUGAUGACUUCUGGUGCCACAUGUGGAGCCCCCUGAUCCACCCAGUGGGUUGGUCAAGGCGUGUCGGCCAUGGCAUCAAGCUGUCAGAGAGGCGCAGCGACAUGGCCCACCAUCCCACUUUCCGGAAGAUCUACUGUGAUGCUGUUCCUUAUCUGUUCAAGAAGGUUCGAGCUGUCUACACGGAAGGCGGUUGGUUUGAGGAAGGGAUGAAACUGGAAGCCAUUGACCCCCUGAAUCUGGGCAACAUCUGCGUGGCAACCAUCUGCAAGGUCCUCCUGGAUGGCUACCUGAUGAUCUGUGUGGACGGGGGGCCCUCCACAGAUGGCUCAGACUGGUUCUGUUAUCAUGCCUCUUCCCACGCCAUCUUCCCAGCCACCUUCUGCCAGAGGAAUGACAUUGAGCUCACACCCCCAAAAGGGUAUGAGGCUCACACUUUCAACUGGGAGACCUACUUGGAGAAGACCAAGGCGAAAGCAGCUCCAUCAAGACUCUUUAACAUGGACUGCCCCAACCAUGGUUUCAAGGUGGGCAUGAAGCUGGAGGCCGUGGACCUCAUGGAGCCCCGGCUCAUCUGUGUGGCCACGGUGAAGCGGGUGGUGCACCGUCUCCUCAGCAUCCACUUCGAUGGCUGGGACAGCGAGUACGACCAGUGGGUGGACUGCGAGUCCCCGGACAUCUACCCCGUUGGCUGGUGCGAGCUCACCGGCUACCAGCUGCAGCCGCCCGUGGCCACAGAGCCCACCACACCUCUGAAAGCCAAAGAGGCCACAAAGAAGAAAAAGAAACAGUUUGGGAAGAAAAGAAAAAGAAUACCACCAACCAAGACCCGGUCCCUCAGACAGGGGUCCAAGAAGCCCCUGCUGGAGGACGACCUGCAGGCGGCAGAGAAGAUCUCGUCGGAGCCCGUUCCUGAUGAGAUCAUUACCGUGCGGGUAAAGGAAGAGCAUCUCGACGUGGCUACGCCUGACAAGGCCGCGAGUCCAGAGCUGCCCGUUCCCAUCGAGAACAUCAAACAGGAGACAGACGACUGAGACUUCCUCGCUGCCCGCCCGGCCGCCCAGCUGGCAGCCAGCCCAGGGUGCCUCGACUGCCAGCACCCCUCCACCCCACUUGACUCUGGAGACUGAGCCUUUCUGCGUGAAUGCCGCCGCCUGGUGCUGUGGGCGCUGGGCAGCUAACGAACACCCAGGAUCUCCCGGACCCGCCCCGUCACCUCUGCCCCGUCCUGGGCACGGCCGGCGCGACUAGGGCUGCUGAGACCCGCAGACUCCCCUGUGAGCAGCUCCCUCUCCAGCUGGAGUUCCCGAAGUUCGUACCGGCCUCCAUCCACACCCACCACGUCCCUCAACUGCCAGGGGUGAGGGGCCGCACACUGGAGGACAAGUUGGUUGGUGGGGGGAUGAGCUCAGCGUGUGUGUGUGUGUGUGUGUGUGUGUGUGUGUGUGUGUGUACGAGCACACACAUCCCCUGAGAGGGAGGCUGCCACCAGCAUUGAACUUAACCCGCUCUGGAGCCCAGCGGGGCUAGGACCUGUCCUUUUCAUUCCCCUGUUAACCAGGGACGGGUCUGGCCUUGCCGGAAAGUCACAGGGCCGCGACAGUGUGGGGCGGUCAGCCCUGCUGGCUGAGGUGGCCCUGGAGGAGCUCCUGGAGGAAGGGACACACUUCCUGGCUCGUUUUCCUCACUGUUCACGUCCUUAACUCCGUAACAUGUUUUGAAUCCCCUUCUCUCUAGAGUACCUUCUAGAAGUUCAUCUAGCAUCUGCCCAAAUUUCAGCUGCUUUUUUUUUUUCCCAGUUAGUCUCCUUUGAAACUGUCUCCUCCCUCUGAUCCAUCCUCUCUUCAAGAGACCCUCUUCCUGGAACCUAAGGUGAUGGCAGGCGCUGUCCUCAGCCCUUUUCUUUCCUUCUACAUGUUUGGGUAGAGACAGCACGGCAAGGUGGGUCCCUGUGCCGCCCCUUUAAGGGCUGCGGCUGUGCCGGGUGGGACUCUGGCUCCCUGGACUGUCAGGUGCGUGCCAGAUGGGGUGCUGACCAUGGAUGUGCUCGGGACCCAGCUGUUGGGUGUCAUCCCAGAGAUGGGGUGACCAGCCCAAGGGGAGCUGAUUUCCUGUCAGUUCAAAGAGAACUUGAUCCUUUCUCCUUUUCUAAAGGCCCUCUGCAGGCCCACAUGGUAUAGAAACCAGGCCCAGAAAGCACCCUCUUGCAGCCUGAAUUCCCCAAAACAUGACUAGGUGUGGAACACAGUGACGACCAAGGACGGGGCAGGCCCCAGGACAGAGGGGCCGUACCUGACCCCACCCCCAUCUCACACACACCAGACUUGAGUGGUGACGGGUCAGUCAGUGGCAUCAGCCCCCAGGGGAGGAAGGUGGCAUGUGUGUGCACUUCGGCUCUGCCUUUGUUGAGGGUAAACUGCGCAGCUGAGAAUAAUUCAUCAUCCCCGAUGCCCUUGCCGUUAUGGAUCCAGUUCUGACUGAAGAGCUUCUAGGACAACAGGACUUGUAUGGCAUUUUGGCCUUCAGUUGCUUCUUCCUGAAUGGAGAAGUGAAGCCUACAGGUGCCGUGAGCACAACAGGCAGAGCUGGAGGGCAAGAUUAGCUGCCGUUCCGGCCCUGGACUGGCCUCCCAUACUUAACUUGCAUUAGACAAUUGAAUCCCUUUCUUGCUGAA